UUCUUUGAAUAGUUUUCUGUAGAGAGUUAUAGAAUAGCCAUUCUGUUAAAAUGAGCUAUCCUAAAAUUAGAAGCAUGAAACUCUACUGACACUUCUCUAUCUUACUCUUUCGCUGUUUUACAUACACAACCAAGUGAUCUACUUUAGUUCGACUAAUAUUUAGAAGGUUGAAUCAGUACAAUUAUACAAUAUUUAAUAAGCAAGAUCAACCUUAGUCUGUGCAGUAAUUAGUGUAAAAGAUGCAUUGUGAAGGUUGAAUAAUAGUGAAAAGAAAGAACAUUUUAAUUGGAAAAGCAUUUAUAAUCAUCAAUAUCUAUCAGAAAUAUCGUGAAAUAACAUGGAGCUGACACGUGCUGUCGAAGGUACAUCAGCUCCAUGCUUAGAACGUCUACAUGUCAGUGAUGGAAUAGCUUUAUCAGGUCUUCGUAGAGCUAUUUCUCAAGUUUCUAUGCUAGUUGGGAAAGCGACGAAUUCAGGAGAAUCUUCUUGGCGUGAAGAAUGUCUGAAAUACCGUCAAACGAGGUUUAGUUCUAAGAGAGUACGAAAAAGAGUGGUUUUUAAACAUGGUGAUUGUAAUAUUGUUCAAGGAUAUGUAGCUAAAAGACGUCGUAAAUAUCUUCAGGACAUUUUUACAACGUUGGUAGAUGCCCAAUGGCGAUGGACAUUGCUUGUAUUUUCUAUGAAUUUUUUAUUAUCUUGGCUUGGCUUUGCUAUGAUCUGGUGGCUUAUAGUAUAUUCUCAUGGUGAUCUUUACAGAGAAGAUAAUAAUGACACUUUUACCCCUUGUGUAGAAGAUAUUCAUGGAUUUACCAGUUGUUUUUUAUUCUCAGUUGAAACUCAACAUACUAUUGGUUAUGGUUCCAAACAUACCACAGAGGAAUGUCCUGAGGCUAUUUUUGUUAUGUGUAUACAAUCUAUGACUGGUGUAAUACUCCAAGCGUUUAUGGUUGGCAUUGUGUUUGCAAAACUUUCCAGACCAAAAAAAAGAACCCAAACAUUAUUAUUUUCUCGUAAUGCAGUAAUUUGUCAAAGGGAUGGACAAUCAUGUUUGAUGUUUCGGGUUGGUGACAUGAGAAAGAGUCACAUUAUUGAGGCUCAUGUUCGAGCACAAAUGAUUAAACGCAAGGUUACUAAAGAAGGAGAAGUGUUACCUUUUUUCCAAACCGAGCUUAAAGUAGGAGGUGAUGGUGAAGAAGAUAAAAUAUUUUUUAUCUGGCCAACAACUAUUGUUCAUAAGAUUGAUCAGUGUUCUCCUCUGUAUCAUUUAUCUGCUAGUGAUAUGCUACGAGAACGAUUUGAGAUCAUCGUCAUUCUAGAAGGUGUUAUUGAAUCAACGGGAAUGACAACACAAGCACGAAGCUCUUAUUUACCUUCUGAAAUUUUAUGGGGUCAUAGGUUCGAGAGUGUCAUUACGUUUAGAAAAGAAACUGGUGAAUAUGAGGUAAAUUAUACUCUUUUCAAUAAUACUUACGAAGUCGACACACCUUUAUGUUCGGCGGCUCAACUUGAUGAGCUCAAAGCUUUACAACGUGCAAAAGGAGAACGAACAAGUACAACAUCAUUCCCCAACUAUGGAAACAGUUCUAGUAGUUCAUUAAAGACAACUUCCGAUUCAGGGUCAGAAUCUUCGAAAAGUGGUCUUAGGAUGUACGUUCCACCAACACCUGUACCAAUUUCUGUCAUGAUUACUGGUCCUGACGAAAAUUCUAGCAGUAUUAGUUUGUCAGCAAUACCGAAAUCUACAACAUUCGUAACGCUAAAUGAGGGAAUCACUGAUUAUCAAGGAUUUCAUACAAGUAUAGAUAAUAAUCAGCAUGAAAAUGAGAAAAAAGCUAUAUUGGAAAAUGUUGAAAAUAUUAUGUAUGAUCAGAAAAAUUUGGAGGAUUUAAAUAAUCAACAAGUUCGUGAAAAUGUAUCCAAUCCAAGUGUUUUGGUAGAAUUAGAUGCUCAUCAAAUUCAUUUGGAUGAUCUAAAUAUAAAAGAUAUAAGUAAUUCUUCAUCAAAUUCUGUUGUAGGACAACAUUUAUUAAUCAAUAGUUUAGAUAAUUCUCCAAAGCAAAUGCAUCAAGAUGCCAGAUUUUAUAAUUUACAAAAGAGGUAUGAUUGAUUCACACAUUGAGAUAGACUAUUAAAAAUGCUUCAUUACCAUACAUUUGUUACCUCUUGUGGAGAUUAAUGAUUCAUAAUAGUGAAAAAAAUUCCAAUAUUUAUUAUUAUUGACGUGUUUGUAAAAUUCAUAAUUCAUCUAAUCGAUGGAUUGUUCUUGCAUUAAAGAGAUAAAUACUCAUUUUUAAUAUUAAUUAUUAUUAUCUUAUUAAAACUAUAUUUUCAAGAUCAAUGGAAAAAGAUAUUUAGAAUUAAUUUUGGAAUUAACAAAAAUUAUAUUGUUAAAUAAAGAGACAUUGAAUAUUUGUAACAAAAGGAUAUUUGGAAAAAGUCAAACAUUGAUAAACAACAGCAUAUAUUU